CCAUUCAUCCAUCCAUCCAUCCAUCCAUCAUCCAUCCAUCCAUCCAUCCAUCCAUCCAUCCAUCCAGGCUCCAGCCUUGUCUGUCCCUGCUGCUGGAUUCUCUCCUCAGAUCCCAGCCAUCUAAUUGAUUUAUGGCAAUUAGGGACUCUCAUUAAGGGGCCAGCUGGAGAGCCAGGCGUUACCUGCCGGGCAGGAGCAGCCUUGGGGAGCAGCCAAACCGCACGGAUCCCUGUGUGGAGUUUUGGAAGGGUUUUACUCCACUUGGCUUUGGGUUUUCCCGUUCACCCCUUCCUUUGCUGACAUUUGAGGUCAGUGAGUUCACCCCGAGGCUCCCCUUUCUCCCCUUCCUUUAUUAUUUGGGAUCAGCGAGCUCAGCCGGAGCUUCCCUUUCCUCCCUCAUCCCCUCCCACGUUCCUGGAAGGUCACGAACCGUCCUCGCCUUCCCUGGAUGCAGGAAUUCACAUCUCCGGGCCGACCAGUUCAGACCAGUUCGUUAUCAGAGCGUGCCAGCCAAGCCCCCAACAUCAGCGGGGGUGUUCCCGGGGAAGGGAAGGUGAUAAAUCCACAGGGGGAAGGGCGGGAUGGCGGUGCCUUGAAGGAACACCACAACCCCGGCAGCGCCAUUCCCAGCUGGAAUGCAGAGGGACACGGGGGAGGCGAGGCUGGAGGCGCCGGGCUGGCUCGGGAGGGAUUGAAUGGGGUGGGCAGAGAGUUUGGGACAACCUCAGAGUCGCUGCAGUGUCAAGGAGGUGACAGACGCGCUGGGACGGACAAACGGACACGCUGGGAGGUGACAGCCACCGGCAGCUGCCGCCCGUCCCCGCUGCUCCCCUGGCGUGGCAGCAAAGCGGAUCCCGAAGCUCCGGGUGCCCCUCUGGGCUCCUCGGGCAGGAUGUUCCCCCCGGCGGGCUGCAGGAGGGGCCAGCCCAGGGAGCCUGGUCCCUGGUGGGAUGAGCCACGGCCGUGUCCCCCUCCUGGCCCCGAGGACACCUGGGGGGAGCCACCCCGGGAGCUCCAGCGCAGGAGACGGUGCCACAGGCGGCGCCAGCCCAGUCCCAGGGACCCCAGACCUUUCCAUGGCCCUGGUGAUGUCCCGUGGAAGGAGGAGGAGAGAUGGGCACCCCACGACUGUCCCCCACAGCCCCCCUGGAAUGACAGAGAAGAAUUCCAAGGACCUGAGAAUGGCUUUGGAGACGGCUGGCACCUGGAGCUGCUGCCUGAUCCCUGGUCUGAAUUCCCCAAGGAGGAGCGGCCCCCACCCUGGCCCCCCUGCGGCCCUCCACGGACUCCAGGAGCUUUUCGGGGCCACUGGCCACCCUGGAGCCAUCGGCCGGCUGGGAAACACAGCCCCCGCAGGAGCCACCUCCGGCAGCUGACCCCGGUCCCCGUGGCGUGGUGUCCCCGACCCCCCCCAGCGCACAAGCCGCACUCCAAGCCCUCUCCUGUCCCUUCCAAGAGGAGCCAGCCGCUGGCCGGGAAGAAGCUGGAGCCCCCCCAGCCCCCUACUCCCCUCCAAGGUGCUGCGGAGAGGCCGAAACAGGAGCAGGAUGUGCCAGUGACGAGUGGGAAUGUCCUGGAGCCCCCCAGUCCAGCUGGGAGCCCUCUGGAGAGCCCAGCUCCCCAUCCUGGUGCUGUGGAGCCUCUGGUAGGAGAUUCUCUUGCUCCCAGGGCUGCUCCCACCUCUGGAGCUGCCUGGCUCAGGGGUCUCAGCUGCUGGAACAUCUCUCUCCUCUCCCACCCAGCCCUUCCCCUCUUGGCUUUGCUGUCUCUUUGCCAGGCAUGGAAUUUUUCCAGGCUCUUCUCUGUGAUUUCCUUUGCGUUUUUUCCCGGGAUGGACACGUGUCCUCACGCCAUUGCCUGUCCCCAGGUUGAGCUGGAAGCUGGGCAGACUCCCGUGGGCAGCCAGGAGCAGGAUCCCUGUGUUUUGGGAACAGAUCCAGCCCCUCUGGAGGAGACCUCCAGGUAUCCUGAGAUCCAGGAGCACCUUGAGGUAGAGACGUGCAGUCCAGGUGUCCCCAAGGCUGGCACCUGUCACAGGUCACGUCCCCAGAGCCCAGCAGCCCCUCCAGACCCUGCCAAGAGGGAACUCCUGGAUUCCAGCUCCUCUGGAGAGGCAGGGGCUGAGCUCAGCCCACAUUCCUGGGAGCAGGCUCUGCGUGGAGCUGGAGAAGUCCAGGCAGAAGCUGUCCAGGAUGGGCCUCUGCAGAGCCUUCAGCCACCCGAAAACCCUCAGGUGCCUCCAGGAUGUGCAGUAGAACCCAAGGCCUGGCUUAGCCAGGCUCCUCCUGGUGCCUGCACCACCCCAGAGACCUCCCUGGGAUCCCAGCGCCCACCUGGGUCCUGUGAGACAAACCUGGCUGUGUCCCUCCAGCACCAGCUCAGCUGCAUGCUCCCAGCACCAUUCCCAGCCGGCAUCGAUUUCCGCUCCGCUGCCGUCCUGGCCAAGAAGGCAGAGAUUGAGCUGUCGUACCAGCAGUUCAGCCUGACCAUUGCCGUGGUGGCCACGAUGCUGCUGCAGAAGGAGCCCUCGAUGGAGGCGGCGCUGGGGCUGGCACUCAGGGCCAACCUCCGGCAGUGCCGCAGCCACCACCUGCAGCAGCUGGAGGAUUUCAUCGACACCAUCGACUCAGCCACCUCCAGCCUGUGAUGGCAGCCACCCCCUCGUGCCAGCUGGGUGGGGGUGAUGGUGGCUGUGACAGCUCUCUGGGGUGCUCAGGAGGGCGCUGAGCCUGCAGGACGAGGUGGGAGGUGUUUGCGGCCCCGCUCUAUCGCUUGGAGGAAGGUGAGCAGGGUAUGUUUGGUUUUAGCCCUGCCCAAACCCUUGAGGGCAGCAAAAGUUUUACAGGUUCUACUGGAGGGAGAGAACAGGGAGGGCACCCAUCCCUCUGCAUUCCUGAGUGCCAGGGAUGUGUCCCCAAACCCGGUGAGAGUUUUUUGGGUUUAAAUCUACAAAUAAACCGCAUUCACUCUGCA